UAACUGAGCUGAACCUAAAUGAACUUUGUUCACUGCUGAUAAACGUCAACUUGUGUGUUGACGUUUUUUGCACAACGACAGUCAUCUGUUCGCUACGCAAGGAAAGUUGCUUCCGAUUGACGACUUGCGAUUGAAUUGCUUGAGGUUAUCCAACGGUAGACCCGAUUAACAGCGAUGGUACUGCUGAGGCCAAUGUUGAACGCUGCCAAACGCAUUCCUCUGAUAAAAUUUCGUAAGGGAGGCCCCUAUCUGGAGAGCAGCGGUGCCGGACAUCCUGCGCCCUCAGCUGCUGCCGGAACCGGUGCCACACAAACGAGAUCGGUUUCGUCGGGUGAAGCGAUCGAAGAAUGGCAAAUGCCAGCCAGAUACCGCAGGAAACCGAUUGACGACGUAGAAAUUGAAUGGAUUAAUCGCGGAGGACCACCUGCGUAAAGACGGAUUACCGGAAUUCUUCCUGGGGAGUUGACCCUAGUCACUUAAGCUAGUGCUGUCACACACAAACGCAUUACUAAAUCAUUAUCGUGUUCUCAUAUUCAUACAAACUCACAUCUAAUUAUCGCUAAAGUUGACCUUUCUAGCUAGCAACUUUUGCCACUGCUGGUCCGUUUGAGUGCCACUCUUGAAGACAGGAAAAAUCUCUUGCGAAAUCUAAACAAAUGAACGAAGCAGAAUUGAAACCUACCCAAUAUCAACGAUGGUGCUAAAUGGGCAAAAUUACACUAUAACUUGAUAACGACAGCUGAUUUCAGCGUUAAUUGCCCGGCCAGGUCGUGUCUUUUUGUAUGUUAAAAAAACCCUUUCAGUGACCGAAUGUGCGAACUGUGAAGAAUUAUCAGUCGGAGAUGAUUGGAAUUUAAAAACUUCGAAAUUGUAUUUAUUAAAUAUGAUUCAAAUAAAGCUUAUAAAAAUAGGGUUUUUUUCAUUCAAA